UCGGUGAUCGAGCGCUAUAAAGUCAUGUUGCCAACGCAUAAGCUAUUCCCCUCCCUCUCCCUCGUCGCUCACUAUUCCCCCGUCCUCGCCGCACACACGCACCAUGUCCUUUCUCGGCACUCUCAACUCAUCCGAGGCAACACUCGUGGCCACACCCACAGAGAAGACGCCUCGCACUAGAGGCGUGUCUUCCAUGCACUUUAAGAGCGCGACGACCGGCGUUGCCACAAAGAACAUGCGCAAUGAGCUCAACAGGCUUGUGAACACCGUGUCGGACUCCACCACUAAGAAGGCUUUCGACACGGAGAUGCAGUCGUUCUUCUAUCUGUUCACGCGUUACCUCGCAGAGAAGGCGCAAAGCAAGGAGCUCGACUGGGACCGUAUCAAGUCGCCAUCGGCGGACAAAGUCGUCCCGUAUGACCAGCUGCCUUCGAACCCCGACCCCAAGAACCUCAACAAGCUCGCUGUCCUCAAGGUGAACGGCGGUCUUGGUACCUCCAUGGGCAUGACUGGCGCCAAGUCGGCGCUCGAAGUCAAAAACGAUAUGACGUUCCUCGACCUGACCGUGCGGCAGAUCGAGCACCUAAACACCACAGAACGUGUUGACGUGCCGUUGAUCCUCAUGACCUCCUUCAAUACGCACGAGGAUACGUUGCGGAUCAUUAAGAAGUAUGCGAAUCAACAGCUGCGUAUCACAACGUUCAAUCAGAGCCGGUACCCGCGCAUUCUGAAGGAGUCGCUCAUGCCGUUCCCGAAGAACGCGAAUGACGACAAGAACAAGUGGUACCCGCCCGGCCACGGUGACUUGUACAAUGCGUUGCUCCACUCUGGCGUGCUUGAUCAGCUGCUUUCUGAGGGAAAGGAGUACCUGUUCGUGUCCAACUCGGACAACCUCGGUGCUGUUGUUGAUGAGAAUAUCCUCCAACACAUGGUCGACUCCCAGGCGGAGUUCAUCAUGGAGGUCACCGACAAGACGAAGGCGGACGUCAAGGGUGGAACGCUUAUCGACUACGAGGGCACCAUCCAGCUGCUCGAGAUUGCACAGGUUCCGUCAGAGCACGUCGAGGACUUCAAGUCCGUGCGCAAGUUCAAGAUCUUCAACACGAACAACCUCUGGAUUAACCUGAGGGCUGUGAAGCGCAUCAUGGAGGAAGAGGGCAUGGAGCUCGACAUCAUCGUCAACCCCAAGACGACCGACGACGGGCAGGCCGUCAUCCAGCUCGAGACCGCCGUGGGCGCGGCAAUCAAGCACUUCCGAAACGCACACGGCGUGAACGUGCCGCGGUCGCGUUUCUUGCCUGUGAAGAGCUGCUCGGACCUGCUGCUCAUCAAGAGCGAUAUCUAUUCGCUCGAGCACGGGCAGCUUGUGAUCAACGAGAACCGCAUGUUUGGCACUACGCCGGUCAUCAAGCUCGGCGACCACUUCAAGAAGAUCGCGCAGUUCCAGAAGCGGUUCAAGAAGAUCCCUAAGAUUAUUGAGCUGGAUCAUUUGACGGUCACGGGGGAUGUAUACUUUGGGCGGAACGUUACCCUGCGGGGCACCGUCAUUGUCGUCGCGAACGAAGGUCAGCGGAUCGACAUUCCGGACGGUUGUAUACUGGAGAACCGGCUGCUCUCCGGAAACCUGACCAUGACGGAACUAUGAUCACAUACCCACUUACUAGAUACCCGCUCGGACUGAGACUCUUGCUCCGCACUUUCUUGCAUACAUACUCGCAGCUCGGACAGACUGAUAUUGGGUCGCUUGGACGUUACGUUCUGCUACUUAGGCUAUAGUGAUACUGGUAGUGAAGAUAUCGUAGAAAUCGUAUACAAAGCAAGUGUAGGCACGCGUAUAGUAGGCACUCACUAUGUUGUUGGUUGGUACUGUCGAAGAAAUCAAAGAGGUUCUAUGCACGCAGAA